AUGCCCUCAUCACCGGAAGAUGGUGACCAUCGAGGUCUAUUGACUGAUCAGAGCAGCCCGCCUCAAGGGCCUUCAACCAGCGAUCUCUCGAGCUUUCAACGAACAUUUAGCGAUGAGGAACAUUCUUCGGACCGGGAUGACCAGCAUCCACUGUCCUUUCAGCAACAAAGUCAUGCCAGAGAAACCACCACCCGCAGCGAGCAUGAACAAUCACUACAGGCCAAAAAGGAGAAAGUCGAUGAGCUUCUGGCUCUAAUGGAGAAAAGCCAGAGGCAGAUUCAACAACUCUUCCGGUCACAACAGGCUGUACGUGAUGUGAUGGAUGAUAUAACGCUGCAAGAUCUGCCGCAGGGGAGUCCGCUGAGGCCGAGGGAUGGAAAUGAAGACCUUAUUUACGAUAUCCGCCGUGAUGGAAGUAAAAGGACCACCGAUUCAAAGAGGUCAGAAAUGUACGGCGCAUCGGCUCGACCGGAGGAGCCAUUUCGUAUGCCUCCGCAUGCAAAGUUUCAGCCUCCCAUCGACGAUGACUACUACCAGCUGAACCCUUGGUACGGCCAGCCACCGAAGCGGCCUGUCUUUGGUCUCGGAGGCCCACUCCCUCAUACUGUCCGCCGUGCGGCCAACAACUCGGAGAAAGAAGCUCUCCGAAAGCAGGACCCGGAGAUGGGGCAAGCAAACCCGCAGAAUCAAGAGAAACUCUUCAGUCUUGGUGCUCCACUGCCUCAUAAACAAGGUUCCCGACCCGUGUCGAGCCACGAGCCUAGCCAUAGCCUAGCCAGAAGCCUUUCGUCGCAGCGAAGUCGCAAUCAGAAACAUGCAUCCAGGAGGAAGCCGCAACGCAAGGCCAUCUUCAAGACACCAGAAGAGACUAGGCACUAUAACGAAAAGAAGCCCGACGAAGCACAAGCUACCGCUUACCAGACUGGUACAGAUGAAGCCGGUCCACAGUAUGGCGAUGGGCAGUCUCAGGAGCAUCUAGAUCCUUUUGCCAGCUUCGACAGAAUCGGGGAAGAUUAUGACGCUGAGGAAGAGGACAAUAACGCAAAGUCCCGGGGGCGCAACGAGCAGGAGGGAGACGGCCCGGACGCCACAGAAUGGGCCAUUGACUCUGAACCUAUCGGACAGUACGACAGCGAGAAGGGGGCAGAGACUGGCGAAAAAGAUCCAAACGAGCUGCGGAAUUGGUGGGCCAGGAUACGUGCCAAGCACCCCGAACCUCUUGCCGAGUUCCUUUGCACAUUGGUUUCCAUCUUCCUCGGCCUGUGCGCGACGCUCCAAGUCAACCUCGCCAAGGGAGAGUACGGCGACUACGAAACAAGCUGCUGGGCUUGGGGGAUCGCCUUCAUGUUCGGCAUCUACGUCGGCGGCGGCGUCUCGGGCGCGCACAUGAACCCGGCCAUCUCCCUCUCGCUCUGGCUCUUCCGCGGGUUCCCGCGACGGCAGAUGCUCAUCUACUGGGGAUGCCAGCUGCUCGCGUGCACCUGCGCGGCGGCGCUCGCGUUCGGCGUCUUCCGCGACACCAUCCUCGACGUGGACCCGGGCCUGGUGGACACGGCCACGUCGUUCUACAGCAAGCCGCAGGCGUGGGUCGGCGCGACGACGGCCUUUUCCACGCAGCUCAUCGCGGCGGCGGUCAUGAUGAUGAGCGUGCUGGCGCUCGGCGACGACCAGAACAACCCGCCCGGGGCGGGGCUGCACGCGCUCGUCAUGGGGCUGGUGGUGACGGCGCAGAAGAUGACGCUCGGGUCCAACACGGGGGUGGCGCUCAACCCGGCCAGCGACUUCGGGCCCCGGCUCGUGUGCCUGAUGGUCGGGUUCAACACCGACAUGUUCACCGAGCGCGGGUUCUGGUGGCUGUGGGGCCCGUGGGCGGCGACGGGGUGCGGGAGCAUCGUGGGGUGCUCCAUGUACGACUCUCUCGUUUUCGUGGGGAGCGAGAGUCCGAUCAACUACAAGAUGGCGGGGCACAUUGUGGACAGGGUAAAGAAGGCCAAGAGGUUGAGCAAGUGA